CGUUUUACUUGACUCUUGUCAAGACUACAUCUGGUCUCCCUUCACUGUCAGGGUAAUUGGUUCCUCUUCCCUUGCCGCUCCCCGUCCUCCAAGGUCCUGUUCCAGUUCUCUUCCAACCCCACCAGACCUGGGGAGCCACCUUUGGAACACUGAAGACAACUACCCGCGGAACCAAAGUUGCGCGUCCCCUGCGAGCUCCGAUGGGAGUUCUUUUUCAACUGCACUAAGAGCAUUGUCCGCUAACCGAUUGGCAGAGGAAGCCGGAAGCUCUUGUGAGUAUGUAGAGUGGGCAAAGAGCUGUGCCACGAGAGGCGGUGAAGGGCCGGGCCGCAGUUUUUCAUCCGGACUGAAGCUCAGAGGAGCCUGGACCUCAGUACGGAUGGAGGGUGGGGCCGGAGGUCGAACCAGCAGCGCGCUGUUUGCGGGGUUCCGGGCUUUGGGGCUUUUUAGCAACGACAUUCCACACGUGGUGCGGUUCAGUGCCCUGAAGCGCCGAUUCUAUGUGACGACAUGCGUGGGCAAGAGCUUCCACACCUAUGACGUUCAGAAACUUAGUUUGGUGGCAGUAAGUAACUCUGUCCCACAGGAUAUCUGCUGUAUGGCAGCUGAUGGGAGGCUAGUCUUUGCUGCUUAUGGGAAUGUUUUCUCUGCAUUUGCCCGUAAUAAAGAGGUAGUACAUACCUUUAAGGGUCAUAAAGCAGAAAUCCAUCUGUUACAACCCUUUGGAGAUCACAUUAUCUCUGUUGAUACUGACAGCAUUCUUAUUAUUUGGCAUAUAUAUUCCGAAGAGGAAUACCUGCAAUUGACUUUUGAUAAAUCGGUAUUUAAAAUUUCUGCAAUUUUGCACCCAAGUACCUACUUGAAUAAAAUACUUCUUGGAAGUGAACAAGGAAGCCUACAGUUGUGGAAUGUAAAAUCCAAUAAGCUUCUAUAUACAUUUCUGGGAUGGAAAAUUGGAGUAACAGCUCUUCAGCAGGCACCAGCUGUGGAUGUUGUUGCUGUUGGUCUUAUGUCAGGUCAGGUCAUCAUUCACAACAUUAAAUUUGAUGAAACAUUAAUGAAGUUUCGUCAAGACUGGGGACCUAUUACUUCAAUUUCAUUUCGUACAGAUGGUCAUCCAAUAAUGGCAGCUGGAAGCCCAUGUGGCCAUAUUGGACUCUGGGAUCUGGAAGACAAAAAGUUAAUCAAUCAAAUGAGAAAUGCACAUUCUACAGCAAUUGCCGGACUGACAUUUCUCCAUAGAGAGCCACUUCUUGUCACAAAUGGUGCUGACAAUGCUCUGAGGAUAUGGAUAUUUGAUGGUCCCACAGGUGAAGGCCGGCUUCUGAGAUUCAGAAUGGGACAUAGUGCUCCUCUCACCAAAAUCAGAUAUUAUGGACAAAACGGACAGCAGAUUCUUAGUGCAAGUCAAGAUGGAACUCUUCAAUCAUUUUCCACAAUACAUGAAAAAUUUAACAAGAGUUUGGGACAUGGAUUAAUAAAUAAAAAAAGAGUCAAACGUAAAGGACUUCAAAAUGCCUUGUCAGUAAGACUUCCACCCAUCACAAAAUUUGCAGCUGAGGAAGCUCGUGAAAGUGACUGGGAUAGUAUCAUUGCUUGCCAUCAAGGUAAACUAUCUUGUUCAACCUGGAACUAUCAGAGAUCUACAAUAGGUGCUUACUUUCUCAAGCCAAAAGAGCUGAAGACAGAUGACAUAACUGCAACAGCAGUAGAUAUAACUUCUUGUGGAAACUUUGCCAUAAUUGGCCUGUCAUCAGGAACUGUAGAUGUAUAUAAUAUGCAGUCUGGUAUUCAUCGAGGAAGUUUUGGCGAGGAUCAAGCUCAUAAAGGAUCUGUUAGAGGUGUUGCAGUGGAUGGCUUAAACCAGUUGACAAUUACAGCUGGUAGUGAAGGAUUACUCAAGUUCUGGAACUUUAAAAACAAAAUUUUAAUACACUCUAUGAGCCUUGAUUCAUCUCCGAAUAUGAUGCUGCUACAUAGAGACAGUGGUAUUCUGGGACUUGCCUUGGAUGACUUCUCCAUUAGUGUUCUGGAUAUUGAAACUAGGAAGAUUGUCAGAGAGUUUUCUGGACAUCAAGGCCAAAUAAAUGACCUGGCUUUCAGUCCUGAUGGUCGUUGGUUAAUAAGUGCUUCAAUGGAUUGCACUGUUAGAACUUGGGACCUUCCAUCUGGGUGCCUUAUAGACAGCUUUUUGUUGGACUCCGCUCCUCUCAAUGUUACUAUGUCCCCCACUGGAGACUUUCUGGCUACUUCCCACGUAGACCACCUUGGAAUUUAUCUCUGGUCCAAUGUUUCACUGUAUUCAGUUGUCUCCUUACGCCCACUUCCCACAGAUUAUGUUCCUUCAGUAGUGAUGCUUCCUGGUACUUGUCAAACCCAAGAUGUGGAAUUUUCAGAAGAAACCAUAGAACCAAGCGAUGAAAUGAUAGAGUAUGAUUCCCCAGAACAGUUGAAUGAGCAGUUGGUGACUCUGUCACUCCUCCCUGAAUCUCGGUGGAAAAAUCUUCUUAAUCUUGAUAUUAUUAAGAAAAAGAAUAAACCAAAGGAACCACCCAGAGUACCCAAAUCAGCACCAUUUUUUAUUCCAACAAUUCCUGGCCUUGUACCCAGAUAUGCUGCACCUGAACAAAAUAAUGAUCCCCAUCAGUCUAAAGUGGUAAAUCUUGGAAUUUUGGCUCAAAAAUCAGAUUUCUGCUUGAAACUUGAAGAAGGACUGGUAAAUAAUAAAUAUGAAGCUGCUCUUAACCUUCUGAAAGAAUUAGGCCCAUCAGGAAUUGAAACAGAGCUGCGCAGCUUGUCUCCUGACUGUGGUGGGUCUAUAGAAGUGAUGCAGAGCUUCUUAAAAAUGAUCGGGAUGAUGUUGGACAGGAAGCGUGACUUUGAGUUAGCCCAGGCAUAUCUUGCCUUGUUUCUAAAGUUACAUCUUAAAUUGCUUCCUUCAGAACCAGUACUUCUAGAAGAAUUGACAAAGUUGUCAUCACAAGUGGAGGAAAACUGGAUCCAUUUACAGUCACUCUUCAAUCAAAGCAUAUGUAUUUUAAAUUACAUAAAAAGUGCUUUGUUAUAAAAGCAAAUUUAAAUUACUAAAUAAGUCAAAGACUUUUAUAUGAAAUGGGUUCCUUUUAACUCAUCUUACUUUCCGUAUGAAAAGAAAUACCAGUGCUACUUAGUCAUUCUUCACCUUAAAUACUAAAUAUUGAAAUAAAAUUUUACCUGUUACUUGUUUUAAA